GUUUGCAGAAUUCCAUAAGACACAACCUGUCGUUGCACAGCAGAUUCAUGCGGGUGCAGAACGAGGGCACUGGGAAAAGUUCCUGGUGGAUGAUCAAUCGCGACGCGAAACCAGGCAAGUCGCGCAGAAGGGCAAUAACCAUGGAGACAAGCAAAUUUGAGAAACGACGCGGCAGGGUGAGGAAGAAGAUCGAGGCGCUAAGGAACGGAGGGUUACAAGCUGACGCGACGCCCAGUCCCAGUAACAGCGUGAACGAGGGGCUCGAUCUCUUCCCGGACAGUCCUCUUCAACCUGGCAGUGGGUUUCAACUUUCACCCGAUUUUCGUCCUCGAGCUUCGAGCAAUGCCUCAUCCUGUGGUCGAUUAAGUCCAAUCCCGGCGAUCCCUGGGAAACCGGAAUGGACACCAACAUACACGCCCUCCUAUAGCCCAGAACAAUUAGCCGGUAGCCUCGCGGAAACCAUGAAACUGGAAUCGUACCAAAUGUAUCAGACGUCACCGCCCAGCCACCAACAACAGACCGGGCCGCCACCUUCUUAUUACGAGACCCAGUAUCAGAGGAGCAAUAGCCUGUCGACGGGAUCGUCCUCCUUCGCCUUGCAGCCGACUCCUCAAUCAGCGAAUCAGCAAAGAUGCCCGCUUCACGGCCUGCAGCCGUGCGCCUGUCAAAUGAACUUGAGUCCAGUGGCUGGGAUGUCACCGUCAUACCAACAGAGUGAACCAAGUCCCACGGCGCUAGGUAACAAUCAGCAACAAACUCUUCAGUACAUAAUGCAGACGCAACAGUGUCAGCAGCAGCAACAGCAACAGCAGCAGCAACAACAACAGCAGCAGCAACAGCAACAACAGUCGCAAACGGGAGCAACAAGAUCCAGCCCGCCGCAAACACCUACAUCAUGCGGUCAAACACCGAGCACGAUGAUGGGUCAAUUGAUGGGAGCUCUCAAUAAUUCGACGCUGCUCGACGAUUUGAACAUUAACAUCGAAUCGUUACACGGCGGAUUCGAUUGUAACGUGGAGGAGGUGAUCAAGCACGAGCUAUCGAUGGACGGGACGUUGGACUUCAACUUUCAGCAAGGUGUGAUGGGAACGGCGGCGAUCCAAGUGAGCGAUAGCAACGUUGGCCAAAAUGGCGCGGUAUCUCAGAACAACGUGGUCGGCACAACGGCUGGGAACGCGCCGGCAGGAGUUUACGUGAGCACCAACGCGGCGACUCCUGCUGCACCUCCCUCGUGGGUUCACUAGCAGUGGACUCCACUGCCCUCGACACCCCCGUCGUCCUUGUCAUCGUCUUUACUAGACGGGCAAGAGAACUUCCACGGACAGUCCGAGGGACAGUUCAUCGAAGUCCCAUGUGUCGAGGAUGAGCGGGAGGACCGACGAGUACUUGUGAUAAGAUGUAGGAAUAAUUAUACCGGACCACAACCAAGAUACGUACCGUACCAUCAGACGUACUUCAAGGACGCCGAUCUAUGCCUGUGCAACUGUGGCGCGAAAAGAACGCCGUAAAACUGCGAUCAACGGUCGGGGGAGGAGGUGUCGUCGGAUUCGUUGCCACUAGUUCACGCGUCCACUCGCCGAAAAUGGGACGCGACGAAGGAGUUUGAAGUUCCAAGCUCUCGAAAUUCCACGAAAAUUCCACCGUUCUCCGCCAGUCCUAAAUCCUACGUUUCCCUUCGUCCCAGUGUUUUGAGAACAGUGUUGUCCCAAGUAGAAAAACACAGGGUUCGUCGCGCUCUGUGAUCAUUCCGUUGAAAAUAUUUCGUCCGGCAACGAAAUUGGGCUGAGUUCAAUGUUUCGCGACAGCGGAGAGACGUUAAUCGUGAUGUAACGUAGGUGGUGAACGUUUGUAUUCCGUUUCUGUGACGCGUCAGUCGGGAAAUGCAACCGGAAGUUGGAAGACGAUGGAAACUUUCCUCUCUCGUGCUUGAAGGUUCAAUAGAAUUUAUUCACGCCUUUUUUUCUUAUUCUUUGCUCUCCUCCUCAGCAAACGAAACAGAAUAUUUUCCGAUACUGGCUGUUAUUGCUUGUUGGAAGUUGGUUGAAUUUGGCGAAUCUCGGUUCAAGCUCGUCUGUUCUUUUGAACUUUCUCGCGAAGAUAGAGUUUGCACGAUAGAAACGAUUAAUUGAAAAUCACGAAAUUUCUGCUCACGGAGUAACUUGAAAUAAAAUUCAAGGAGAUAAAUUCAGAAUUUAUUAGAUUACCUUAAAAUACGAAGUUUUGCUCAAUCCGUUAUUUGAAGUAAAAUUCAACAAGAUAAAUUUUGAAUUUAUUAUUUGAUAAAAAGAAUUGCAGAAUUUCUACUUAUCCUGUAAAUUUCAAAAUUUUCGUUGCCAAAGAUCAAUUUCAAGUAUAGUAUUCAAGCUCUACAAGUUCCUUAAAAAAAGAAAAGAAAAGAAAAGAUAAUUUAUUCUAGAAAAUAAAUUCAAAACAUAUUGAACAGAAACAAUUCGCACUUCUUCAAAAUUCGCUUUCAAACAUCGAUAAUCCGUAUCGAACAUGAUAUUUAAGCACCACGAAUUUCAAAACACCUACUAUCAAAAGAAAGAGAAGAAGGAAAAAUAAUUUAUUCGAGAAAAUAAAUUCAGAAUAUAUUAAGCAGAAACAAUUCACACUUCUUCAAAAUCCGCUUUCAAACAUCGAUAAUCCGCAUCAAACCCGAUAUUCAAGCACCACGAAUUCCAAGAUGCCUAUCAAAAGAAAGGAAAAAAGAAAAAGUAAUUUAUUCGAGAAAAUAAAUUCAGAAUAUAUUAAGCAGGAACAACUCACAUUUCUUCAAAAUUCGCUUUCAAACAUCGAUAAUCCGCAUCAAACCUGAUAUUCAAGCACCACGAAUUCCAAGAUGCCUAUCAAAAGAAAGAAAAAAAGAAAAAGUAAUUUAUUCGAGAAAAUAAAUUCAGAAUAUAUUAAGCAGAAACAACUCACACUUCUUCAAAAUUCGCUUUCAAACAUCGAUAAUCCGCAUCAAACCUGAUAUUCUAGCACCACGAAUUCCAAGAUGCCUAUCAAAAGAAAGGAAAAAAGAAAAAGUAAUUUAUUCGAGAAAAUAAAUUCAAGCAAACACACAAUUUACAUUUUUUUUCUUUUUUUUUUCAAACAUCAAUCCAUGUCAAACGCCAGUAUUCAAGCGAACUACGAAUUCCAGAACACGUAUCUCUCAUGCAAAACGACGAGAGUUAAUUUUUCUUUUUCCGUUAAAGUCGUCGGUAUGCAUAACAAACGGAAGACCUUGGCCUACGAAGAAUCGUUUCUUCGCGAAUCGCCACCGAUAUCCGGGAUUUUCCCUCCGCUCGAGCCAAGGGAGAACAAGCGACAUCCCGUCGGGGCUCCUCUCGAUCGCUAGAGUAUUCCGAUCAGCACCACCAGAUCCUUCUUGUUUCCUUUCUCGUGACUUCCGCGCGAGUCGUGCGCGUGCACGAAGAGGCCGAGAGGACCUACCAGCACCAUCGCGUGGCACGAAGAUCGACGAGCGAUGCUCCUCCUCCUCCACGACGAUGCAACAACACGCAUCGCAUGCACGCCGCGAGCUACGCGACAGCUCGCGGCAACUUCGCGGCUGGCGUUCCACUUCCGUCUCGCGGAUCGCUCGACGGACACGAAACGAAAAAAAGAUCGGCGCCACGGACAGAUCCACCCACCCAGGGAUAUUUCGUUUCUUCUCUUCUCUGUGUGUUCGCCGCCUCGAUCGGGAUUCCCCGGUUCGCCGGUUUAUUUUUGCGGAUCCGCGGCGAACGUUGGAAUCCACGAACGAAACGGCCAAUGAAACACGCGACGAGUUUGGGCCAGUUCGACGGAGUUUCGCUUGUACAUAUUUUUUUUUUCCAUGCGUUUCUUUUUAUUUCUCGGUUUUCUUCUCUUUUUUUCUUUUCAUUUCUCUGUCUCUGUACUUUCUCUUUGUAUCUGUUUCUCUCUUGCGUCGAGAAGACACGCGAGCGUCGUUCAAUCGGCUGCAAUUUUUGGCUGGACGACCCAGUCGAUUUUUCUUUUUUUUUUUUUUUUGAAACUGCCGGUGUGAACUGAGCGUCGAUCACACGAUUGCGAUAACUUUUGGUUGUUCAAACGGAAAUGACGCGUUUAUCGAUUGAAUAACCUGGCCGUGCCAGCCGUUUAAUUGGCCGAUGUAAACGCGAAUUUGACUCGCGUUGGCGCGAUAAGGUAAGAACCGGAAGGGAAGAAAAGAACAACACGACGAAAGAAUGCGAUAAUAAACAAUUGGCGACGAAUUGACAAGACGUAUGUUCACGACGUUUCGCCGUGCGUAAAACACGAUCUCUGUUCCCUAUAAAAGUAACCUCACGUGCUCGGACGCGCACACUAUACAUAUAUAAAUAAAUAUAGACAUAGAAUAUAUUAUAUAAAUAUAAAUAUAAAUAUAUGAUUAUACAUAAAUAUGAGAGAUGAACGAAGGACACACAAUUAUUAUUGUAUAUGUAACGAAAAAAAAAAUAUAUAUAUAUAUAAGAAUACACUCUAUUUGCGGAGAGAGAGAGAACUGUGCGCGGAAAUAUCGCUACGAAUUCUAUAUUGCGGUAUAUAUGUAUGAUAUUUAUAUAUAUACAUAACACGCAUAUAUAUUAUUAUAUAUAGAGCAUAUCAUACAUAUAUAUGAUAUUAUACAAGGAUACAAAAUAUAUUGAAUAUAUUCUAUAGAAUAUUGUACGUUUGCUAAUGUUAUGUAUGAUACACAAAGGAAGAAAAAAAGUAUAUAUAAUUAUGUGUAUAAUUAUAUAUAUAUAUAUAUAUACGCGAAGAGUUAAGUACAUAGGUUAUGCAUAAGGUAUACAUAGGUACAAUUAACGUUUAAGUAAGCUGCUACAAGUAGAACACAUGUCUAAACGAAGGAUAAAAAGUUUUUAGUCACGUUGGUUAGAAACCGGAGUCGACACACGUAACGACCGACGUAAUGCUCAUUCCGCGUGGCUUCUUUCGGAAUCUGUCAUCUUAAAAGGACAGAAUGGAUGACACGUUGGUGCUUUUCGAUAGGUAAACGUUCCCAUCUCCCACCCCCUCCCCUCUUGUCCCUUUCCUGUCUCUUUCUUCCCCCCACCCCCACCCCUCCCCGUCCACUCCUUGAUUUUUCGUCAACGAAAACGGUAAUCGUUAAAUAGAUGUGCUACUUAGAUAAACGGGGCUGACAGUGUCGCGUUUUUCGUGCAAAAAAUAGAAAAAAAAAAAAAAAAAGAAAAACAAAUAUGCAUCUUGCGCUUUAUUGAGAAAGAACAUUGAGUUCUGAGACACGAAGAGGCGUGUAAAAUGUCCGGCUGAUUCGAUCGAGCCUUUUUUGUCUCGCGAACUUUUCUCAUUCGGUCAGUGUUCGUUUAAACGCGAGAUAUAUCUCGUCAGCCGUCCGUGACGUGGAUCUCGAUCGUCGUUGGAUCGAGGCGCCAGAAGAAACGCUGUCAGCCCGACGAGAGUCCUAGAGUUCGUCCUUCACGAUGUUCCUCGAGGUUCGCGCGAGCCUUGCAGGGAGAAACCUCUGGCUAGGGAGAAACGCGCGAGUCGAGAUAAGUGUCUUUUACUAUCGAAGAGCUUAGGCGAAUUUAGUAGACGUUAGCCCGACGAUCGAACGGACGCGAACGGAGGGAAACGCGUUUGUCGGGGUUAGCUAGGCCACCAUUAGCGAGCUAGGAUCCUCAAAACGUCGUCGAAACAACUAUCAGCUAUUACGGACAGCUUUCAGCAGCGCGUAUGGCUUUUGGUGAUUAGCGUACGCUUGGAGUUGGCGCGUGGUUGGCUGCGUUACGAUGGCGUCGUAAAUGGUACCACGUGGUGCCGCAGCGAAGAAAGAAAG